AAGCUAGUAGGUUCCCAGGGUGACGUGGCAUUUUGAUGAGUUGGCGGGUUCUCAACAACCUGGUGCUUUUCCACGUCGGAAGUGACCUGGCCCCUACCUCGUUUGUAUAAAAUUUCUUGAUGUGUGUUACCGAAAAUUAAGUUCUUGUUUUUGAAACAGAGUUCUUCUGGCAAUGGCUAGUUCUGGCUCCUCCUGUGCUGACUGGAAAAAGAUGGAAGACGAGUUCACAGCUUAUGGGAUGAGCCUCAUGAAUCCUCCCUCUUCCAUUGAUGAGCUCUUCAAACUUCUUCAGAAAGUUGAGUCUUUACUGAAAAUGGUAAGUCAGGACCCAUUUGAUUCGACCACAAGUGCAAUUCAACCUUUAAUGAAAGCACUGGUUAGGAAUGAUCUAUUGGGGCAUACGAGUGAAGAUGUCAAAGUUUCAGUGAUUUCUUGUAUCACUGAAAUUUCUCGAAUAUAUGCCCCAAAGUACCCUUACAAUGAUCAUAGACAAAUGGAGGAAAUUCUCCGGCAAACUGUAAUGGCUUUAAAAAAGUUAGCUGAUGUUACUAGCCGCAGCUACCGGAAGGUGGUCCGAGUUCUGGAAAUAUUCGCAAAAGUAAGGUUAAGUGCAGUGGUAUUGGACCUCGAAAAUGAAAAGCUAAUCAGCGAGAUAUUCAAAGUCUUUCUCGAGGUCAUCAGGCCCUACCAUCCUCAUAAUAUAUUCACUUGGAUGAAAGAAAUCAUGAUUCGGCUCAUAAAAGGCAGUGAUGAAAUCUCAGUAGAGCUUCUACGGCUUCUUCUUGAUAGUCUCAAAAUUGAUAAUCAGAUGGAUUCACCCGUUGCAUCACACUUGGUGGAGGAAGUCCUAAAAGACUGUGCUGCCAUUGUUAAACCUUACUUUGCAGAAGCCCUAAAGUCAAUGGGCUUAAAUUCUGGUGAUUAUGCUGAAACGGUUGCCUUAUUAUGCAAUGAAAUGCCAAAAGGAAAAGAAAUGAUGGCAACUGAAAAUGCACCUGAUACUGUACAUCGCAUAAAAGUUGGUCCAUCUGAGGCUAAAUGUUGUGAGCCAGCGCGGCAGGAUGACACUCACAGGGAGAAGCUAAAGGAUACUUGUACAACAAACAUCAUGAAACCUGUCAAUCCAGAAGAUGUGCAACCAGCAACAAAUGUGCCAAAAGAAAACCAGGAAGGGACUGGAAGUCAUGAACUUACAGGUAGUCAUGGUCAUUUGUGUCAGCCCAAGAGAAAAGAGAUCCCGAUAAAUGAUGAUGAUGAGCUGGUUGUGUUAAUUCCAAUAGGAGAUGUGCCGCAAUCCCAAGUUCAGAAAAAAGAUUCUCUUCAUUUAGGUCUCACUUGGGGAGAGAGAACCAAGCGCACACUAUGUGCCAAAAGAAAACGAGGAAGCGACUCAAGGAAGAAUGAGUCUGCUUCAGAUUGUGACGCCGAGAGAACAUCUGAAUCUAGCAUAAAAAAUGAAGAAGGAAACCUCAAAGAACACAAGGAGCCAACACUGCAACAAAUUUUUGGAAUGAAACUGAGGAAGAAGAAGAAGAAAACAACUAAUAUUGAAGAAUCUGGAGAUAAGGAUUCUGAAAGCGCUCGUACGAGCAAAGAUUAUGGUGCAGAACUGAUCGGUUCUAAAAUAAAAGUUUGGUGGCCAUUGGAGCAAGCGUUUUACGAGGGAGUCAUUUCUUCUUUUGAUUCUGAGGCAAACAAACACAAGGUCGUAUAUGAUGAUGGUGAAGUAGAGAAAUUGAGACUACAUAAAGAACGAUGGGAAAUGCUUGAAGACAAUUCAUCUCAAAAGGAUUCCAAAAGGCCUUGUUCCAUCAAAGAUUAUGGUAAGGAACUGGUUGGCGGUAGAAUAAAAGUUUGGUGGCCAUUGGAUGAAAAGUUUUACGAGGGAGUCAUUUCUUCUUUUGAUUCUGAGACAAACAAGUACGAGGUCGUAUAUGAUGAUGGUGAAGUAGAGAUUUUGAGACUACAUAAAGAACGAUGGAAGAUGCUUGAAGACAAUUCAUCUCGAAAGGAUUCUAAAAGGACUUGUACCAUCAAAGAUUAUGGUAAGGAACUGGUUGGCGCUAGAAUAAAAGUUUGGUGGCCAUUGGAUGAAAAGUUUUACGGGGGAGUAGUUUCUUCUUUUGAUCCCGUGGAGAGGAAACACAAGGUCGUAUAUGAUGAUGGUGAAGCAGAGAAAUUGAGACUACAUAAAGAACGAUGGGAGAUGCUUUAGGAUAAUUCAACUCAAAAGGACCAUGGAUUAGACUUUCAAGGCCAUGCUGUUUCAUCUGCUACGUCAUAAAGUACCGCAGAGUAGAAGGGCACUGAAUCAGUGGAAAUUUCUGUUGUGGAUAGGGAAGAAAACUCAACUGCUGGAAGUCUUGAAGAAUUUUCAUAAAGCAGUGUGAUGUAAGUGUAACUACUAAAUUAGGUUUACCAUUAAGGGAUGUGAUCCAAUUGAUUGGAGAAAUGAGAUGCUAGUCUUAGAAUA